AUAAUUGAAAUUUGAUUUAUCAAAAGAAUUGUGUCAGUGUGUUACUGCCAACUGAAAUAAAAAUAUCUGCAACUAUUCUACAAAAAAUGGCGGAUUUCAUAAAUUCAGGAUUGAAAGUUGGUGAAACACGCUCAACUGAUUCAACAUCAGUGCGUCAAGAAUCAAUGCCUCUUCAUGAGAAAGCCAAACUUAAUGACAUUGUUUUCUCCCAAUGUUAUGACUUUACCUAUUAUAGUAAUUACAUAAAAAAGUUGGAGGAAAAACGUUUGGAAUUAAAUGUUAAUCUAUCAAAACUUCGCGCAGCUGGUAUUGAUUCAACUAAUAUGGACUACGUAAUUUUAAAUGAUCGUGAACGCAAUUUACAUAAUGAACAACUUGCUUGUAAAAAGUUGAUGGACAAUCUUGGUUUUGCAACUCUUGCUUACAACAUUGGUGGUUUAGAAUCCGUUGCUAUCAUAGCACGGGCUGCUGCUACAAAUGGCGCUUCUGUUCGUAAUCAGAAAUCAGGUAUAGAAGCAGAUGACCCUGACAUUUUUAACUUGAACGCUGGAACAAACAAUGAAAGUCAAGAUAAGCUAGAUGAAAACGAUUAUCAGGAGUCGGAUGAAGAAACCGGUAUUAAGCAAGAAAAUACCAUUGUGACAUGUGAUAUUUCACCUACCAUUAAACAAAAUGAAUGUGUUGCAAAUACCAGAAGUGUUGAUUCUAUCCCGUUACCUGAAGUGCAAACUGUAACUGCAAAUACAAGUGUAACUGAAGUACCUGUAAUUCAUACCAAUGAUCUAAAUCAUGUUCCAAGCUUCAACGCUAAUCCUGAGCCGGCACCGCAAGCUUAUCGUCCACAAAAUUCUUUCAUUAACAAUCAAACUAAUGGUUCAUUCAAUAUGUCAUUUCAAGCCACUAGUGUAGUCGAUUCGCAUUUAGCUUGUAACUUUUAUCCGAUCUAUAACAUGCUUCCAAAUUAUGGACCAAUACUCGUGGGCUACCAGAUUGUUAAUGUUGCAAACUAUCAAAGUGCAGCUGUUUACCACAACUAUAAUCUUGGCUACGGUUCGGGUAUGAUUCCUCCUGUACGGCGCAGUACUGUGCAAAGUAAUUUCAAUUUCAAUCCAUAUAUGGGAGGAUAUGCUGUUAAUCAUCAACAAUCGGUUUAUCAAUGCUAUGUACACGUUUCUUCAAUGACAGGUGUUCAAUAUGACUAUUCUACCUUUAGUCAACAAACCCUUUUUGAAUGGAACCAAAUAUAAAUCGGUGCUUAACAAGUUAUUUUUUACAAUUAUACUAUUGUUUUUUAGUAUUUUAAAUUUCAUUCUU